AUGGUCCUUACUGGUGCAAUCUCCGUCGCAUUUCAACUGUUCAACUCUUCAGCCCAAAAAAGAGUGGAAGCUCUGCAACAUCUCAGAAGGGAUCAAGUAUUUAGCACGAUUUGGCUCAUAUUCGAGGACAAGGGAAAGGUUGUGAACAUUGCGCAUACGGUGUUCUGCACGUCUCUGAUUUUGUUAGGCAGCAUUAUUUUCAGCACAAGUGUCUGUGACCCGCACAAUCCAGCUUCUGCGGGGCUCAAAGAUACCAUCUGUGAAUUGAUGGUGGUCGCCGGAAAGCCCAAUUUGGUGGAAUUUUUCCCGUUUCUCCGGUUCCUCGACCCCCAGCGAGUGUCUCGUGAGAUGGACAGGCUUUUCAAGGAAUUGUAUGGCUUUUCUGAUACAUUCAUACAGAAAAGGCUCAGCCAAAGCGUUCAGCGUAAGGACUCGGACAAGGAUUUUCUCGAUGUUCUGCUGGAUUCCAGAACUGAAGAUUUCACUCUUGUUGCUGUUCGAGCAUUAAUAGCUGUUAGUACUGAAAAGAUUAAAAGCAAAUUAAUUAGGGUAUAUAAAUAUAUCUCUGCUAUUUUCCAGACCUCUUAUUGUGCUCUCUGGUUUCAGGAAUUGUUCAUUGCAGGUACUGAGACGACCACUACAACAAUAGAAUGGGCCAUGGCAGAAUUGAUUCGCAAUCCACAGAAAUUAAACCGAGCCCGUCAAGAACUGGAUGAAGUAGUUGGUUGCAACCGGAAAGUGGAAGAAUCUGACUUGGAUUGUCUGCCGUCUCUGCAUGCAGCCGUGAAAGAAGUAUACCGAUUGCGCACGACGGGUCCUCUGCUUCUCCCCCACAAAGCCACAAGCAGCUGCGAGAUUGGAGGAUUUGUUAUACCCAAGGACACCCAGGUGAUGGUGAACGUGUGGGCUAUGGGAAGGGACCCUGCAAUUUGGAAGAAUCCUUUGAAAUUUACGCCCGAAAGGGUUUUAGAGGGUGAGUCGAAUAGCAAGAUAGAUUACAGGGGACAAGACUUCGAGCUGAUUCCAUUCGGAGUGGGAAGAAAGAUUUGUCCGGGGCUUCCAUUGGCAAGUCGUAUGGUUCAUUUGGUUUUGGCUUCUUUAAUUCACUCAUUUGAGUGGAAACUUCCGGAUUGGAUGAGCUGUGAGACGAUGGACAUGAGCGAUGUUUUUGUAAUUACAUUAAGGAAGGCUGCAGACUUGAGAGCAAUCCCGACGCCACGUCUCCCACAUCCCAUAUACUAG